CCUCCCUGAUGCAAGCCGAGCCGCCCGCGUAGCUUCCUGUACCGAGCCGAGCCGCGUCUGCCCAAGCCGAGCCGGUCCUGUCUUCUUCCAGCCGAGCCGCCAGGACUAAAUUGGCUCCAUCCACCUAUAUUUUGGGACGUCUUGGACCAAGAAUUUACUGCAGCGCGGGAUUUCUUCAGUAGGGGCUCGAGCACUGCAACCUCCUUCUAGGCUAGGACUUCGUCGCUUGGAAAGCGUACUGCCUCGCGGUUAGGACUCGACAAGUAGAUCUCCAGGUAAGAGAUUCUACUACUAGUUUCAUGUUUGAAGUAUGAGACUGUGUAUGCCCUAUGUUGCAUAUUGAGAAAUUGACAGUAUGAUGCCUGAAAUAAAUGUUAGUAUGAUGCAAAUGACGAUAUAGUUGUGCUAUAGCCUGUUAUGUGUGGCAAGAUCUAUUUUUGGUUACGACGAAUGUCGGGACGGAGAGUGUAGAAAUGAUUUAUGUGACAUGUUAUAUGCUGAUGCCAUGUGUAUGUAUACUGCAAUUAGAGUACCUGUUAGCUCGAUUCUGUUAGAGUCGUACCUGCAUGGGUGUCCUUCGGGAUCACCACCUUCUGAGGACUGUGUGGUCCGACGGGACGCCAGUCUAGCAUGAUAUAGACAUGACUCGAGUGACUCGACGGGGUCCUCGCAUCCCGAUUGUCCUAGGUGUCCCCGGGCACCGAAGACCAGAGCUACGUUCCUACGGGAGCGCAUGAUUGCACGUGUUCGGGAACGUGCCAGAGAUUGGGUACCAGUUAUCAGGACUCUAACAGGAAGUUAACAGGCACCUAGUGGGACUAGUAGUGGGUCCCUUACUGAGUAUUUUUAUACUCAUUCUCUCCACUUUAUGUUUUCAGGUAGAGGACGAGGCAAGGGCAAGGGCAAGCUGGCGAGCGACCCGAAGUGAGACCGAGGAGGGCCAUAGGGACUACCGCUUCCGCUUAUUUCUUAUUUCAGAUUUUAGCAUUUGAGUUUGAGUACUUUUAUUUUCCACUAUCUUUUAUGUAGAUAGGGCCCGAGUAGGAUUUCAGAACGUUUUUACAUUUUUGCAUGACUACCUUAUUUAUGUUCUUAUAAAUGAAUUUCUUGAACCAUAUGCUUUUUAAUAAAUUUUUAGACUUAAACCACUUGUUCUAUACUUAGUGAUGACUUCGAUUCAGCAUAAGGAGUUGGGUCGUUACAGUUGGUAUCAGAGCACAGUGUUUUAGGUUCUGUAGACUGACCUACGAUGUAAGUCACUUUUGUUUUUGGUUUUUACUUCACCCUAUGGCUAUACGGUCCUUCGGCACUCGCCAGGUAUGUCUAAAGCCUUGCUAAUGUUAAGAUUACAAUUUUGCCUGAAUAGUCUAAGACCUAGAUAUAGGGUGUUAAGUUCUUGUGGUGAAAAGUUUGUUGGUGAAUUUUAGGGAGAAUGCCGCCACGUAGAGGUACACGCCGAGGAGGUGGUAGGGGAGGCAGAGGAGCCGGUCGUGGCCAGCCGGAGGCGCCACCUGUUGCACCGGCAGUCGACCCAAACGCACCGGUCACCCAGGCGGACCUCGCCGCAAUGGAGCAGCGUUAUCAGGACAUGCUGCAAGCUGCUUUGGCGCCUUUCCUUGCCGCCCAGCAGAACCAGGCCGCCCCUGUUCAGGCCGAGGCCGCCCCUGCUCAGGCCCAGGCCGCCCCUGUUCAGGCUCAGGCCGUCGCUCCUCCAGCCCCUGAGGAAGCUCAACCAGUACCAGUUCAACUGUCGGCCGAGGCGAAACACUUACGGGAUUUCAGGAAGUAUAAUCCCAAGACCUUUGACGGAUCCAUGGACAACCCCACAAAGGCCCAAAUGUGGUUGACGUCCAUAGAGACUAUUUUCCGGUACAUGAAGUGCCCAGAAGACCAGAAGGUGCAGUGUGCCGUCUUCUUCUUGGAGGACAGGGGCACCGCCUGGUGGGAGACCGCGGAGAGAAUGCUAGGGGGCGAUGUAAGCAAAAUAACAUGGGAGCAGUUCAAGGAGAACUUCUAUGCUAAGUUUUUCUCCGCCAAUGUGAAGCACGCCAAGCUGCAAGAGUUCCUAAAUUUGGAGCAAGGCGACAUGACGGUGGAGCAGUACGACGCCGAGUUUGAUAUGCUGUCCCGCUUUGCUCCCGAUAUGGUAAGAGAUGAGGCUGCCAGGACGGAGAAAUUCGUUAGAGGACUCAGGCUAGACCUUCAGGGCAUUGUCAGAGCCCUCCGCCCAGCCACGCAUGCUGAUGCACUACGUAUAGCACUGGAUUUGAGCCUGCCUGAGAGAGCCGAGGCGUCUAAGGCUGCCGGCAGAGGGUCAGCCUUGGGGCAGAAGAGGAAGGUUGAGACGCAGCCUGACGUAGCACCGCAGCGGACACUGAGGUCAGGAGGUGUCUUCCAGAGGCACCGACGGGAGCUUGCAGCAGCCGGGAGGACUCUGAGAGAGCUACCCGCUUGUACUACCUGCGGGAGAGUCCACGGAGGUCGUUGCUUGGCUGGGAGUGGAGUCUGCUUCAGGUGCAGACAGCCGGGGCACACUGCUGAUAUGUGUCCUCGGAAACCCUUCGAGACGACACCGCCCCAGCCUUCUGCGGCCCAGCAGGGGAGAGUUUUCGCCACUACCCGGCAGGAGGCCGAGCGAGCUGGCACUGUGGUGACAGGUAGAGGACGAGGCAAGGGCAAGGGCAAGCUGGCGAGCGACCCGAAGUGAGACCGAGGAGGGCCAUAGGGACUACCGCUUCCGCUUAUUUCUUAUUUCAGAUUUUAGCAUUUGAGUUUGAGUACUUUUAUUUUCCACUAUCUUUUAUGUAGAUAGGGCCCGAGUAGGAUUUCAGAACGUUUUUACAUUUUUGCAUGACUACCUUAUUUAUGUUCUUAUAAAUGAAUUUCUUGAACCAUAUGCUUUUUAAUAAAUUUUUAGACUUAAACCACUUGUUCUAUACUUAGUGAUGACUUCGAUUCAGCAUAAGGAGUUGGGUCGUU